AUGGUGCCCGACGACGUGUACGACAAGGCGCGGCCCAUCCUGCAGGACGAGGUGCUGGACGACGAGGACAAGACGGACCGGCUGGAGGAGCUGCUGCGCAAGGCGACGGGCCUGACGGGCAAGUCGCUGGAGAACAUGGUGCUCGACUGUCUGUGGCGGUACCGCGACUCGGGCUCGACCUCGCCGCCGCCCAGCCGCCACACCGUCAUCCGCCGGCCGUCGCCCGCGCCGUGGCAGCAGAACCGCGCGCCCACGCCCGUCAACCAGUCGCCGCGCACCACCAACCCGCCGCCGGGCUUUGGCAUCGCGCCCCCGGCCUUCACCCGCGCAAAGUCGCACACGGGCACCGCCUCGCCCUUUACCUCGCCGCGUCCGUCGCCGCGCCUGGCCUUUGCGACGCCGCACAUUCCCCACAGCCCGAGCCUCAGCGCCUACCAGUUCAGCGAGGGCGCCAGUCCGCACAACGAGUACGGCGACCUCGACAGCCAUGCAGUCGACUGGCUCGUCAACGACGACUCCGGCGGCACCGAGUCGUCGCUGCUGGGCGACGGCACCCUCAAUGGCGCCGCCGCCGAGUGGAUCCAGCCGCAGACCAUGGACAUGGGGCCCUACGAUAUGCUGCGCUCCGUCCUCGGCAACGAGCGCUCCGACGAGGAGAUUGAGCUGGCGCUCGAGGCCAACGGCUACGACCUCACCACCGCCCUGCUUGCGCUGAUGAGCGCCCAGAACGGCCAGGCCCCUGUUGCGACCACCCCCAUGGGCAGCGAGUCGGGCUACCUCAUUGGCAAGUCGAUGAGUCCGGCGCUCAGACCCGCGACGCCUGUGGGGCAGCAGAAGAGCAACAUUGUCUGCAAGUACUUUUUGUCCACGGGGCACUGUGCGCGCGCAGACUGCAGGUUCAGCCAUGACACUACCAAGACGCUGUGCAAAUAUUUCCUCAACGGCAACUGUCUUGCCGGAGAUACCUGCUUGUUCUCGCACGACCCGUCAGCCCUCAUGGCCCGCAUGGCCGUCUCAGAUGUCUCGACACCGCCCCUGCAAGCUGCUGUACCCAACUUCCACAUGUCUGACUUUGACAUGUUCCCCUCGCUACAAGCAUCCGACUCUCCCUACAGCACACCGCAGCCGUCCUCGCUGGAGCAGCUCUACGGAUUGACAGGGAGCGGCCACACACGUCCUCCCCCAGGACUGAGUCCCUUUCCCGUCUUCACACCCGCAGCAGGCAGCCGUCCACAAUCACGAGCCGGCAGUCGUCAAGUCUCGCGUGCCGCGACCCCGUCAGCGCUAGCUGUCGACGACAACGAGGCGUUCCCGAGUCUUGGAUCUGCCGCCGCCGCCAAGUCGGGCAAGCGACAUCACGGCAAGCGAGGCGGACACGGGCACAGAGACGGAGCCGUGACGAGCAACCUGGCUGAUGUCGUGCGCAUGUCGCCUGCGCCUGCAUCGCCGGUUCCGGCGCGCAAGGGACUCAAAACGACCAAGAGCUUUACCGGGUCGCGUGAGAACAGCGUAGCCGCCCAGGCCAUCCCUGCACCGCAGCAUAUCCCGUGGCUGGAGACGGGCGAGAAGGGUAAUCAGGCCUAUCUCAAGGCCCGAGCGGAGGCAUUCAAGCAUGGCAGUCUGCGGAACAAGUUCUUGCAAAGUGCCGCACAAGCCUGGAAUCGUAGCGACUCUCGCGCUGCCAAAGCUCUCAGCCUGAGAGGGCAGAGCGAGAACAAUCUGAUGCGCGAAGCUCAUCGUGAAGCUGCACGCAUACUCUAUGAAGAGCGAAACAAAGGCAACGAUGACUCGAAAGAGUUGUACGUUGACUUGCACGGACUCCACCCAGACGAGUCGGUUUCCUACCUCGAAGGCAUCCUGCUCAAACACAGCACCUCCGCCCGCCCCGUCUACGCCAUCACCGGCACGGGCCACCACUCCAAGAACGGCAAAGACAAGGUCGGCAAAGCCAUCCGCGGCUUCCUCAACGAGUGGCGCUACGCAUUCCGCGAGUUCUCCGUCCCCGGCGACCGCAACAACGUCGGCGGCAUCCUUGGCAUCGACCCGAGCAGCUACGAUAAGAGCGUUGCCGAGCGGCCCAAGCAGAGCGACGAGCCCGCUGACGAUGCCAGCAAGGACGGCAAAGUUAGAGUCAUGAAGAGAGAAGAGGUUUUGGAUGCGCCCAAGGGGCCGAAGCGCGGCGCGUGA